UUCACUCAGUGUUGCCGAGAGUUUCAAGCGUGGUAGUUGCUGUCGCGGUUGGUGCUACGUUCAAUAAACGAAUCGCAUUCGUUCGUGCGUACGUCUGUCGCAGUCGUGGUCGUCGUCGUCGCCAUAUCGUGUUAUCAUAUCGUAUAUAUACAUAUACAUAUAUACGUAUAGUCGCCUAUACAGAUAACGAUUAACAGCCAAGAUCCUUAGCAGCAACCAGUUGAACAGAGUGCGCUUCAGUUCAUCGCGAUCCGUUUUCGCUUUGUGUCUCUCCUGUUCCUGUUUACCGUUACGCAUAAGGAGCAAACAACGUUCGCUCGGCCCUAAAACAACAAUUGAGAAGUAAAGCAAAUUUGAAAUCCUGAAUCUUUAUGACAACAAAGCGAGCAAAUUAAGAGAGAGAGAGAGAGAGAGCGUGCGGCCUUUUUAUGUGUUGCCAUUAAAUUGAAUGCAGCUAAUGGACGCUGCAGCUGUGCUGCUCCAAAAAGAAAACGAAUAUUGCGUGGGAGUGUUAGUGUGCGGCUGUGUGUGUGCGUGCGUGCAAAAGUGUGAAUUAUUAAAUUAGCGCGAUUGCCAGAGCAGGACACAGCACAGAGCGCGGAAAAGAGGAGAACUCCAAAGGAAAGCAAAAACGAAACGAAACCGAAUUCGAGUACGAAAACGCAUACGAAAACGAAAAUCGGGAUACAGCGGAUUACAACAAGGAUUAAAUAACAAAUGGCGCAUGGCUAUGGCAGAGACCAAAUGCAAAUCAAAUCAAACUGAAACAACACGAAAAACCACAUUUAUAGAGCGAAAAACAAACUGUGGCUAGUGUGCGAAAGAGACAAAAAUAAAGAGAGAGAGAGCCACAGAGACGGUGUGGGAGAGAGAGAGAGAGAGGGAGAUGCAUACAAAUGCAAUACAAUGAACAAAAUACAAAUAUCAAAUACGAACUCGGAAAAGCUCCCCGGCGAAAUGAAAUACUUAUGAAAAACGCGAAAUUACCAAACGCAACGCGAAAACUUUAAGCGCUGACAACGCGAAACGUGCAAAGCACUUUUCCACGGUUCGACGGGGCCAGGUGAGUGGGGCCAACAGCCAACAGCCACCCAACACCCACUGCUAACUGCAUAAAUAAGGCAGCCAAUAUCAAAGUUAAAAUUAUAAUAGAUCGAGCACCUGCCCCCACUCUGCGAAAUGCCGCAGCGCGCAAUUGCCACGAUGUGCACAACGAACAAGAACAAGAACUGCUAUCAAAACACCAACAGCAACAAUAGGAGCAACUAUUGCAACAACAACAGCGGCAAGGAGUCGUCCUGCUUGCCAGUCCUGUGGGUCGCCCUAGUUGGCAUCGCCCUCGCCCUGAACCUGCCCGGCUGCCUUGGCGAACAGCACCCGGCGACGGCUGAUGAAGGUCCUCUGUCGGAGGUACUGACGGCCGUGGGCUCCGAGGUGGCGCUGCCCUGUGACCUAAUGCCGGGCACAAUGAUCGCCGACAAGGUGCAGCUGGUCAUUUGGUAUCGCCAGGGCAAUGUGAAGCCUAUCUACACCUUUGAUGCAAGGGGGCGUCCGCUCCACCAGGCCGUGCCCUGGGCGGACGAGAACGUCUUUAACAAAAAGGCCCACUUCUACUAUGACACAAAUCCGCCGGCUUUGCGCAUCAAGAACAUCCAGACCACAGAUGCUGGGCUCUACAAAUGUCGCGUUGAUUUCCAUAAAUCACCAACCCGCAAUUGGCGCAUUAAUGUGACAGUCCUUGUGCCGCCCACCCAGCUGACCAUAUUGGACCAUCAUGGAGCCGCGGUGCGCGACCAGACGGCUGGCCCCUAUCUGGAAGGCGACAGCAUCAACUUGACCUGCCUGUCCAGUGGCGGCGUGCCACCGCCGCGCGUCUCCUGGUGGCGCGAGCACGCCCUUAUCGACGACUCCUUUCAGGUGCUGCCCGACGGCUCGGUGCGCAAUACGCUGCACCUCAAGAAUAUACAGCGCAAGGAUCUGCUAACGAUGUACACCUGCCAGGCCACCAAUGGCCAUGUCGUUCCGGCGCUGACCAAAAAAGUUAUCCUGGACAUGAACCUGCCCCCACUGAGUCUACUGCUGCAGGGCCUCAAUCAUGCCGUUGUCGCUGGCACACGCACCCAUGUGACCUGCACAGCCAUCGGGGCUCGUCCGCCGCCACAUAUCAUCUGGUCAAAGGCGGGCCAGAUACUGAAGGGCUCCUCUCAGUCGACCUCCUCCGAUGGCAAUACGACCAUUUCGGAGCUAAUGCUCAUACCCGUGCCGGAGGACAAUGAGCGUCAAGUUGUCUGCUCCAUUGCUCUCAACUCGGGCAUUACCUCCCAGCAGCUGCACGAAGGCGAUACCACGGUGAUGACGACUCUGGGCAAUGGCAACAUGGGCCUCUACCUCAAGGACUCGCGAGUGCUCAACGUGACGCAUGCACCCAUUGUGAACCUGAACUUGGGCGCGCCGCUCGAUGCCAACAACUUGCUGAAAGGCUCCGAUGUGUACCUGGAAUGCGAUGUGCGUGCCAAUCCCGCCAUAACGCGCGUCGAGUGGUAUCAUAAUGAUAAGCAGCUGCACUCUUCACGCGGCAUCAUCAUCUCCAAUCAGACGCUCGUCCUGCAGGGUAUCUCGAAGUCGUCGCAUGGCCAGUACUUCUGCCGCGCCACCAAUCUGCAGGGCAGCGUGUCCAGCAACGAGGUUUACCUGGACGUCAAAUAUCCGCCCGUGUGCAAGUCCGACUCGACGAUUAUACGCGCCGCACUCAAGCAGACAAUCAACAUUACCUGCGAGGUGGACGCCAAUCCACUCGAUAAUCUAAAUUACAAGUGGCACUUCAACAACUCGCUGGAGAGUCUCAUUGAGCUGCCGGUGCUGGCGCAGCUGGCGCCCGCCACGCUGCCCCUGCUGCUGCCAUCGGGCGCUUCCGGCGGAUAUUAUCAGCGCAGCAAACGGAAGCACGCACAUGGUGGCCAGCGACUGCUGCACGGUCGCCAUGGGCGCGUGGCCAGCAUUGUGGACAUGACAGCCGCCGUGCGCUUCGAGGAUGACUACGACCAGGACUUGGAGGACCAUGAGCAGCAGCUCGACAGCUAUGCGGACUACGCGGAGCCGCCCUACACCCAAAUGGUAUACUCGAACAUGGUGCACAAGAACCACGUGGACGGCAAGCAGCCCCAGCGCAAGCAGCCCGCCGCACAGCUGCAGCCGGGCGAGGCGGGUGCCCAUCACAUCAGUGCGGCUAGCGCCGGACAGCUGGCCGAGCGCAAGCGCCUGGCAGCGCUGCACAAGCAGCAGCAUCACCGACAGCUCCUGGCCACGCCCACCACUACAACGGCGCCUCCGCUGAACAAUGUGUACAGCUAUCAUGUGGAGAGCUACGAGAGCUUCGGCGCGAUUUCGUGCGUGGCCAGCAGCCCCAUGGGCCACAGCCAGCCCUGUUGGUAUCACAUCCAGCCAGCAGAUCUGCCGGAGCCGGUUAAGAACUGCACGGCGUAUAAUGCGACGGCCAACUCGCUGCAGAUCCAGUGCGUGCCCGGCUAUGAUGGCGGCAUUCCGCAACAUUUCCAUGCCCAGGUGUACGACGAGCUCACGCGCCAGAUACUGUACAAUGCUUCCUAUAAGUAUGCGGACUUCACAGUGAAGCGCCUGCCCAGCGACUCGGCGUUUAACAUUCGGGUAACUGCUGUCAAUGCACAGGGCUCCAGCAAGGUGGCAUAUCGCGUGCGUGGACGCACACUCUCGGCGCCCCUCCUGCGCACAGCUUCCUCGACUGCGGUGCUGGUGCAACUGACACCGCUGCUGGGGGCGCUAGUUGGCGUCAUUGCGACACUCUUUCUGGUGGCCAUUUGUGUUGUGAUCUUUAUUAAAUUCCGCAGCAAGCAGAGCCGGCGGCAUGCGAGCGGCGAUGCGACCACAACAGAGGCGGACAAGGGCAGCGCUGAGCCCCUGUCCCGCAACAUGGGCAGCCAUUCAAGCUUGGAGGACAAAAACCCGGACGUUGUGCCGCAGGAGGCCAACAGCGAGGACGAAUUCCAUCUAGAGGAGAAGGCAUUCGACCGCCUCAAUAUGGAAUCACAGCGCAUUCUCUACACGCCGCCCGCGCGCAUCAACACCGCCUCGCCGCCGCCGCCCUCGCUAUCGCCCACAUUCGGCAAACAGUAUGGAGAACUGUCGCUGACGACCAAUCCCGCUUUUAGUUUGUACAACACACCACAGAGGGCGCCAGCUGCCCAGCGCCCGGUCUACACGGCUCCGCCGCCCCUGUUGUCAACACGAACGCCGCCAAAUAUUUAUACUAGAAUACCGGGACGCGGCAGCAGUGGGCCGAACGGAGGCGCCACCACCUAUUUGCCCGCGUACGAAACACGCACGUCGCCAACCUCGCCCUACGGCUCGACCACGACCUGCACCAUGCCGCUGCUGAAUGGCCAGUCGAAUGGCUCGCUGCAGACCAACAGCGGCAGCAUUGGAGCUGGCAUCACGUGCAACACGCUGCCGCAUCCGGGCAGCCUGCACUUGGGCGGCGUCUCGGCAGCGAUGACCAGCUCGGUGACCAGCGGCAACAUAACCAUCGGAGCUGCCCAGUCGCUGCUCACCUCGCCGCGCACCCAGACCGCCUACAGCACGCUGGGCACCGGGGCUGGCACACAGUCGCCGCUGCUGAGCGUGGGCAGCUCCUUGAUGGGAGUCGUCGGCGGUGGCGCGAGUAACUACGAGACGAUGGGCUCCUGAGAGUUAGCCAAAGAUGACAUUAAAUGUCAGAUCGUGUGCAUAGGCGGGAGCAGUACGUGCACCACAUCGGGCGCCGAGCGCACCACCAUCGUCUAAACCAAUCCUCCUCCCCCUCAGCUGCACUACCCGGCCCAGCCCAGGCCCGAGCCAGAACUGCACUCCCACACUGUAUUAUAGUUAUGUAGUUGUCCAGCACCUUCGUCUAGCUCUUCGAACAUAGCUCACGGCAGACAUUUCGCAUGAGGCGAGGCGAAGCGAACAGAACUUACAAGACUUCCAAGAGGGCAGAGCGACUAGGAGCGAAUUGAGCGGACUCGACUUGAACUGUAAACCACAAGAGAACGAAGCAUUUAUAGUUUACUCCACUACCCGAAGAGCAGUUUGCAUAUAGUUCGGCAUAUAUACAUACGAGGAUAUAUAUGCAUUUCGGUGAAACCAGGCAAUACUGAUAGUUUUAGCUUACACUUACGAGUAUGUACCAAGAAACAGUUAGAUACUGAACUAGUUAUACUUGAGAUACUUUGUGCGCAAAUUACUUCAAUGAAAUUAAUGAGCUAUGCUUGUGAAUUCACCAAUAAACUAGUUUAAACAAAUACUUAACUAAAUGCAAAUACAUCAUAGCGAAAAUAUAUAUGAAUAUACGAAGCAAAUAUAUAGUAUAUGAAUGUAUAUCGAAGAACCCUUUGAGAAUUUAGAUGUGUCCCGUAUUGUAUAUACUAACUAGACUAAGACUAUGAGAUCCAUAGAGGUUAGCAUUAAUUAUAGUCACUUAACUCGUGUAGUCUGUAACUAAAUUAGUUAGUCACAUUGAAUCUACGAAAAGACUAUCCCCCUUUCGAAAAUGAACAAAUCCUGAGUAUAUUACUGACUUAUAUGGCAUAGAUAACGUAUUAUAUACACAUAGAUAAACAUUAAUGGAAACAAGCUAAGCGCAAAUCAAGAUAUAUGUAUAUAUAUUGCAUACGAUAUAUGUUACUCGUAUAACACUGAUAAUAUUUUGUUAAAUGUGAAAGAACUUUAUGGAGCAUCUGUUGUCGAAACUUUAUCAAAUAUGUAAGUAUAUAUAGUAUAUAUUAAAAAAAAACAGAAAUAUUGAAAAAAAAAA